AUGGUACGUGCUGUGUGGACAAAUUUACUUUCGGAUGUCUCCUUGCGGAGAUCGUCCCAAACCUUAUCAAGUAUCGCUGGCAAUGCAUAUCUCUACGGAGGGGAGCUGCAACCCCGUGCGCCAGUGGACUCAAUUAUAUAUUGCAUAGCCGUGGACCGUGAUGGAGGUUUGGCCAACAAAAUCUCCACGAUUACCAGUCCAUCCAUAGCACCACAACCAAGAGUCGGAGCAGCAUCUACCACACUUGAUGGCAAGAUCUAUGUGUUUUCAGGCCGUGGUGGAACCGCCAUGGCGCCGAUUGAAGAGAACGGUUCAUUCUGGGUUUUCGACCCUAGUGCCAGUACCUGGUCCCAGGUUAAGCCCGAAGAUCCUGAGCUCCCGUAUCCUGCGGGACGCAGCUAUCAUGCCCUUGCAUGCAACGGCAAAGAUACAAUCUUCCUCCACGCUGGCUGUCCAGAAAAAGGUCGGCUGUGCGACUUGUGGGCAUUCAAUAUUGAUACUCUCCGAUGGAGCCAAUUAGCAUCGGCUCCGAAGCCUGAAAGAGGCGGUACUUCGAUUGCAUAUGCAGCGGGGAAACUGUUCCGGAUGAAUGGCUUCGAUGGAAAUAAAGAACAAGGCGGUGCAUUGGACGUGUUUGAUACGAUGAAGAAUGUCUGGGAUACCAUUCAUUAUCCGACGGAUGGAAUUUCGGGUCCCAGUGCGCGCAGUGUGAGCUGUCUGUUGUCGGUUAAAGUUGCUGGGAAACCAUGUCUUGUCACCAUGUUUGGUGAGCAUGACCCCAGCAGUCUGGGCCAUCAGGGAGCAGGUAAGAUGCUUACGGACGUGUGGAUCUUCGACAUUACGUCUCGGAAAUGGACAGAACUCCGGCCGGAUGGAAAAGACGCGCCUCAAGGGCGUGGGUGGUUCGAUGCGGAUGUGAUUGAAAACGAUUCACAGUCAAGUAUUGUUAUUCAUGGCGGUUUAGCGGAGUCAAAUGACCGUCUCGGGGAUGUGUGGCGGCUUGACUUUGAUACGGCUUCUAUUCACUAG